AUGAAAUCCGUAUUAGUGACCGGCGCGAAUAGGGGGUUAGGUCUGGGAAUGGUGAAGUUUCUCCUCAAAAACAACACUGAAAAUGUUUUUGCAACCUGCCGCAAUGUCUCAGAGGAACUUAAAUCAACAGCUGAAAAAUACAAAAAUUUGCACAUUCUGAAUCUAGAUGUCAAACACAACCAACAAAUAGAUGCCGUCGCUACAAAGAUAGCUGAAGUGGUGAAAGACAAUGGUCUUAACGUGUUGAUUAACAACGCCGGAGUGACCACCCGUUUUACUAAGCUAAAUUUGGUGAAGGCUGACCAGCUCUUAGAAAAUCUUACUGUCAAUACAAUUGCUCCCAUUUUAUUAACAAAGGCGCUAUAUCCGCUGUUGAAACAAGCCGCCUCGAUAAAUAAUGAUAAAGCCAUGGGAGUACAAAAGGCGGCAGUUAUAAAUAUGAGCUCCAUCCUAGGAUCUAUUGCUCAAAACGAUCAAGGAGGUUUCUAUCCAUAUAGAUGCUCAAAGGCAGCCCUAAACGCAGCGACAAAAUCAAUGAGCAUCGAUUUGAGAAAAGACGAAAUCCUCGUCGCCUCCAUGCACCCCGGGUGGGUAAAAACGGACAUGGGUGGGAAAAACGCACCAAUCGAUAUCGACACCAGCGUUUGUGGCAUUUUUGAAACCAUAACUAACUUCACUGAAAAGGAUACGGGUAAAUUCUUUCAGUAUGAUGGUUCAGAAUUGCCAUGGUAA